GUUCCGCGCGCAUCUGCGUGUAGUGUGUGCGUGCAGACUCAUCGGUGCUGUGGCGAGCGAGCGCAUGUGGACGACAUUAAAGAUUCCCAAAUUCGCAUUUUCAGGUACUGACAACUAAACUCACAAAAGAGGAAGAAUAAUUUAAAGGAGCAGUUUUGCCAUUUCAAAAUUCCAUGGCAGGAACAAUUGAUCAGGCCAAAAUGAAGUUUUCGAGAAUAGUAAACAGUCGCUCGUAUACCCGGUUCAAUCAAUCUCAGAAUCCUGAUGAAGAGAGCAGCCGUGUGGAGGUGAAGCUUUCUGUAGAUGGUGAGGAGGAAAUGGAUGGAACAGAACAAGGACCCGUGCAACAUGACACGUACACAAGAUCCAGUCAUUCUAGGCCAUGGAACAGGUGGAGGAUUCUGGUUUGGGUGGGUGGAGUGCUGGUCAUCUUUUGUGUAGGUUUACUCAUCGGAUACUCUAUCCACCGUAAGUCUGACUUGGCUCCCUGCUCUUCGACAGUUCCACCUAUUCAAGAAGUUCCGCUGAAUUAUUCACCUUCUUUGGAUUGGAGUAGCCUUGUUAGACUUCUGAAUGAUAAACUGUCAUCUAAAGCCAUUGAAGAGAAAUUAAGCGAGUUUUCCCAGAGUGACCGUAAAGCAGGAUCAUUUGUAGAUAACAAGUUAGCUGAUAAUAUCCAUGAUAUUUUCACGCAACUGAAUAUGGACCCAUGGGUUGAUGAACACUUUGUGAAGCUACAGUAUCCUGACAAGUCCAAACCAAACAAAGUGUUAUUUGGGUCAGAGGAUAUCGGAAGUCCAGAUGGGUUCCUGGCUUACAGUGAAACAGGACGUAAAGAGGGCAGAGUGGUGUACGCCAACUAUGGUCAGCUUUCUGACUUGGAGACUGUGCAGAAUGAAACAUACAGACUGAGUCUAAAUGGAUCUGUUGUACUGAUGAGAGCUGGAAAAAUCAGCAUGGCACAGAAGGUUAUGAAUGCAGCUAAAAUGGGUGCCAUAGCAGCUCUGAUCUACCCAGACCAAGCUGACUAUAAAACAAUAUCUGGGGAAACUGAUCUCUAUGGUCAUGUCCACCUGGGAUCAGGUGAUCCUUACACCCCAGGAUUCCCAUCUUUUAAUCACACACAGUUUCCUCCUGCCAAGUCCUCUGGUCUUCCAGGAAUACUCGCCCAAACCAUCACUGCUAACAUGGCACGAGCAAUCUUUGCAAAAAUGGGAGGAGAUAAUGCCCCUGAUAGAUUUAAGGGUGAAUUCCACAGUUACAAGUUGGGAAGAGAGAGUGACAGCGUAACCGUAGUAGUCAAUAAUAAUCUUGCCGACACCAAGAUCCAUAAUGUGUUUGGAGUCAUCAAAGGAUACAUGGACCCUGAUCGUUAUGUUGUGAUUGGAGCGCAGAGGGACUCCUUGAGCUUGGGAUAUGCCAAGUCUACAGUUGGCACUACUCUUCUGCUGGAGCUUGCGAGUGCUUUCACAGAGUUGAAGAAAGAUGGUUUCAGACCCAAAAGAAGCAUUGUGUUUGCCAGCUGGACUGCAGGGGAUUUUGGUAACAUCGGAGUGACUGAAUGGCUUGAGGGAUACUGGGCAUCACUGGACAGAAAAGCCUUUACUUACAUCAGUUUGGAUGGUGUUGUUACUGGUGCGGGUUCCUUUAGAGCUUCUGCUAGUCCUUUGUUGCACACCCUUCUGCAGAAGACCCUGGGAAAGGUCAAAAGCCCUGGGUCAAAUUCAGGCCUUCUACAGAGUUAUGGUGGUGUUCUUUCACCACUUCUGAAAACCAUGCAGAUGGAUGAUAGUGCAUAUCCUUUUCUGGCCAUGUCUGGAAUCCCAUCCGUGUCUUUCAGUUUUGUCUCUCCUCCGGCCUCUGCUAAAGAGUAUUUUGGAACAAAUCUGGAUGAUCAAGCUCACCUAGACAGCGUCACCAAUCAGAAAGUGGUUGAGUUGUCGGUGCUUGCUGCUCAGGUUGCUGGGCAAAUGGCCCUCCGGCUCGUCCAUGACCAGAUCCUCAGACUAGAUGUUACCAAGUAUUCUGAUGACAUCACAAACCGUGUGAGCGCCAUCAUCCAGCAUGUUGACGCUCUCAAAAAUAACAAGGUCAAUAAAACUGAGUCUUUGUCAACGAAGUGGUUGAAUGCUGCAAAGAGCUCCUACAGUCGUGCUGCAGCAUCCCUAAAUACUGACAUAGGGAAUACCGACCUGAAUGAUAUGGAGAUGUGUCGCAUAAUCAAUAACCGCAUAAUGAAGGUGGAGCAUAAUUUUCUCUCUCCUUACGUCUCUUUGAGAGAUGUCCCGUUCCGCCACAUUUUCCUUGGUAAUGGGUGGCAAACCGCCACAGACCUGGAAAUGUACUUGGGUGAUGUACAUGAAAAUAAGACAAGCUUCGACAUAGACCAGGUCUUAAACAAGUUCGCUCUACUCACCUGGACCAUCCAGGGCUGUGCCAAUGACCUGGCUGGAGAUAUCUGGUCCUUGGACAACGAGAUAUAGCGUUUUUCACUGUUGCAUCAACCAACUUGAAAAUGUUUCUAGAUACACAAAUAUAAUCCUGUCACUAUGAAGUAGAUCUGAAUUUAUUUGAGAUUUUGACAAAGCAUAUCUUCAAAGUUUCUGAUAUGACAGCUUUAAAUUAAACUGUGUAAGUGCUUUAAUCAUAUUAAGAACUAUAGUAGAUAUAGAUAUACUAAUAUAGAUAUAUUUCUUAUUACUAUAUAUAUUAUUAUUAUUAUUGCUGGACUAGGGAUAAAUAAUACAAUAUUUAACCAAUAAAAAAUCAGAGCACAAGGUCAUCAAAUUUGUGCCUCUGGAAAUUGUUUUAAGGUGCAUGUUAGGUUCAAUUUAUAAUUUCUGGUUUCGUCUUGAAGAUGUUUUUUUCAUCCAUGACAUUAUCAAUUUGCACAUGUGCGUACUGAAUAAAUCUUGUCCUCGGCUGCUACUUGGGAAUUUUAGUCCCUUAACCCAUUGUGUAAAACCCCAACUCAGCCUCUGUGACCAAAUGAGGACCAUAAUAUAUUUAUUUCUUAUUUAUUUAUCAGUGACAGUGUUCACUAUAAAAGUGUCUUCUUUUUUUUGUAAUUAUCGGAAGCAGUGACUUCCAUAAUUGUGACGGUUAUACUGUCAGUUCUUAAAAGCAGCAUCUGCUAAAAGAAAUACAUGUUACCAACAGCUUUCAUUAGAAAUGUCUCUUGUUACAGGUGCUCGAGGAAGUAAGCUCUAAAGCACCUGUUUUCAUGUUACGGAGCAGUUCCACUUCUUUUUGAAGUAAAGCCCUAAAUUGGCAAAAUUGAAACCAGAACGUCAAACGCCACAGCCCAUACUGUGGAGUGGAGAUUUUGAAUGAUGGUUUUACAGAUCUCCUUGUAUUAAAGUAUCUUUUUUGUUCUUGUUGAUCUGAAACCAUGUAAAAAA